CCUUCUGCUUUCCUUGCGUUAUAUCCUGCUCAUAGACUUGCACUGUUUAUCCUUACAACUAGUUGCUGAACACACAUACCCCCCCUGAUAGAAGUCUAUACAAUACUAUUGAAGUUUCAUUCUCGUUUUUUGGCAGCAGUCUUUUUACAAUCAAGUUCACUACAACAGACCCACCCCAACCACCACUUACAAACCAAACUGCAUAAGUAUUAAGGCGAACCAAUAUAUUCUAUUUCCCCUCAAUGUUUAUACAACUACUACUCCUUCACCUUUUGGUGUUGGUGAUACCUACUUCGGCUGAAAUAUACAUGGGUUUCCCAUUCAAUGAACAACUACCCAACGUAGGAAGAGUCAACCAAGACUACAGUUUCACCAUGGCCAAUAACACCUACAGAUCAAGUACUGGCGCUUAUAUCAACUAUGAAGUGCAGGGAUUGCCUGACUGGUUAAAGUUUGACUCAGGUUCAAGGACAUUCCUGGGGCAACCUACUCAAGAUAAUGUCGGCACCUUUGAAAUCACCUUGGUAGGAACAGAUACUCAAGAUUCUACUACUCUUUCCAACACUUAUCAAAUGAUGGUUUCUCUGGACCCAGGAUUAAAAUUAACUUCCCAAAAUGCCAUCACCAAUGCAAUUGCUAAAGUCGGCCAUACCAAUGGUGGCAAUGGUUUAGUUGUUAAGGAAGGUGAUAAUAUUAAUUUGCAAUUCGACAAGUCCAUCUUUGAAUCGGACCCAAACAGUAACAAUCCAAUUGUUGCCUAUUAUGGUCGUUCUGCUGACAGAAGUCCCUUACCAAACUGGCUUCAGUUCAAUAGUGACGAUCUUUCAUUUUCAGGUACUGUUCCUCAUGUUACUUCCCAAAAUGCGCCAUCAUUUGAAUAUGGUUUCAGUUUCCUUGCUACGGAUUAUCCAGGAUUUGCUGGGGCUGACGGUAUUUUCAAAUUAGUCGUGGGAGGACAUCAAUUAAGUACUUCUAUCUCUGGACCUAUUAAAAUCAAUGGAACAUUAGGUGGAGAUAUCGAUGUUGAUGUCAAGAGUUAUAUUAUGGACC